UCUCAAGUUAACUUCUCAGGUAAAAAAUAAGAAAAAGUAUCUGAAAGCAAAGAAGGAGAGGAAUUCUAUUCAAGCAAGCCACCACAAUGCCAAAGAAGAGGUAAACGAUGGAGAACAUUUAUUGAAAACACAGAAAGAAUCAAAUUCUGAUGUGAAAGAUACAAAGCCAGAUGCACCAGAUAACUAUAUGGUUGGUUAUUUAAGAAGACCAUUGCCGAAUCAAGGUUUAGUAAAAAUACCUGGACAAGAAUCUUCUUGGCUUCUAAAAAAAUAUUUAAGCUCUGAAAGUACCAUCCAAAGUCUUAGGAAAGACCACCAAAGACAGUUUUCAGAACCUGAUGAGAGGCCAAUCCAGGGAACAGUUCAACCCGAGGGAGCUGAUUGGUAUGAAAACUGUUUCAGAGUGACAUCCCUGAAGUGUCCCGUGAGCAAGCAAACUUCCAGCUGGACUGAGAAGACAAAGAUAUCAAUAGGCCUAACUCGUGGAAUACUGAUGGCAAGGACUUGGCUUUUCUUGUCUGUUUACCAAUGCUAACAUAGUGCCAGAUGCAUAAUAAACAUCCAGUUAGUGUUGGCUGAGUGGCCUAG